AUGCCAUGUCACGUGCUUGAAAUCAUUUACAUUUCUCACGAGAUAUUCCCUCGUUGGAAUCUUUUGUCUGUUUUCCUUAAACAAAAUAUUUUAUAUUUCCUGUUUUACGUACGAUCUUUCACUCAUAAUUUCUUCCUUUCUUUCUUUCUCUUUUUUCUUUCUUUCUUUCUUUAUUUUUCUUUCUUUGUUCCUUUCUUUCUUUUCAAUUCGGUACUCUAUUUUCUCUAUUUUCCUUCUUCUGAGGUUUCUAUCGUUUCUAAUUCUUGCUUAUAUCUAAACUUCUUUCUUCCUUUCUUUCUUUCUUUCUUUCUUUCUUUCUUUCUUGAGGACCUCCUAUUAUUUUUCUAUUUUUCAUUUUACUUAGCUUUCUUCUGUUUCAAAUUCUUGCUUUUUUUUAAUCAUUUUUCAUAUUUAUUGAUUUCCUUACUUCUUUCUUUUUCAUAUAUUAUUUUUUCUUUCUAUCUUUCCCCAUGGCUACAUUUUGCUUCUGCUCUCGUCUUGGGAUUUCUUUUUUUCAGACAUAUUUAUUUUGUUCCUCUUAAUUCUUUCUUGUUUCUCCAUUUUUUUCCUUUUUUUAUCGUUUUAAACUUUUCAUUUCUUUCUUUCUUUCUUUCUUUCUUUCUUUCUUUCUUUCUUUCUUUCUUUCUUUCUUUCUUUCUUUCUCUUCUUCUUCCUUCUUGCUUAAUCCUGCAGAUUUGUAGAAAUCCUGUUUUCUUUCUUUCUUUCUCUCCCUCUCUUUCUAUUUUUUCUCUCUCUCUCUGUUUCUUUCUUUCUUUCUGUAUUUCUUUCUUUCUUUCUUUGUAA